GUCAUGAGCUAUUUUUUAACCCAAAUUUGAGGAUGUAGGUCAAGCUGAACCAAACGCGUGUGUGUAACCGUAAUAUGAGAAUAUAACAUGAAGUGUUCCCGACAAAAAUGCCCGAUUGUGAGAAGCCUUAUACUUGUUUUACUGUGGACAAAAUCAUGCGCUUCAGUGACGGUGAUUAUUGAUGGGGUUGAAGUUGACUGCACUCCGAACUGUGCGUGCUGUAAAGGAGGAUUAGCGCGGUGUGGAAUUCGGUCUGAAGGAGUUGAAAAUGCUUGUCUUGAUGGAUGUGUCGAUGGCAUAUAUGGCCUCAGAUGCCAUAACUUAUGUCCCAGGAACUGCUCUACAUGCGAUCAAAUUAAUGGCAGAACAUGCUACACCUGCAAGGAUACAUUUUAUGGUUCAGAUAGUUUGUGUACCAAGAGCUGCUCAGUCGGGUGUUAUGGUCAAUCAUGUAAUAUGAAUGGAACAUGUCAAUGUAAUGCAAAUUUUGACGGCCAUAUGUGCGACACUUGCAUACAAGGAAAACAUGGAGCAGACUGUUUAAACGAUUGCGAUUAUCAAAACUGCAAAUGCACGGCUGGUUCUGAUUGUGAUUCUUGUAAAACGGGAUUCUAUGACAAGAAUACCUUUUGUCAAACUCCCUGCUCCACAGGAUGCCUGAAUGACGUUUGCAAUGACAAUGGAAGUUGCCCUUGCCGUUCAGGAUUUACUGGCUUUUCUUGCACGGAGUGUAUUUCUGGGUAUCAUGGAGUAGAGUGUAAUAUGAGAUGCCCUAGCGGAUGUAGUGGCGGAAUUUGUUCAAGAAAUGGUACAUGUUAUACAUGUCUCUCUGGAUAUCACGGGGAACAAUGCAACAACACCUGUUCUGCUGGGUGCAGCAAUAAAUUGUGCACGAGAGAAGGUAUAUGUAUAUGCAAAGAAUUUUUUAUUGGUACAUUUUGUGACCAAUGUGUUGCAGGGAAGUACGGCUACGAUUGCCAGCAAUAUUGCAGUGUCGGCUGUUUAACAUCGCACUGUGCCAGAAAUGACGGGUCGUGUGAAUGUCGUCCCAACUUUACAGGACUAAAAUGCGAAUCAUGCAAACACGGACAGUAUGGAUUGUCAUGUGACUUACCUUGCUCAUAUACAUGUGUCGAAGGUACAUGUUCACGCUCUGAUGGAACGUGUUUUAGUGGUUGUGUUGACGGAUAUUCUGGUUACACUUGUGAAACUUAUUGUGAUUCGAACUGUGCGGCAUGUCAGCAGAAUGAUAAAUCCUAUUGCAUCUCGUGCUUUAAUAACAAAUCUGGAUCAACAUGUGGAUGCCCUUCGAACUGCGCCUGUAACGGAGGAGAUGAUGAAUGUACUGCCUGUGUCAAUAACUACUCUUAUCCAGAGUACCAAUGCAAAUGUCACACAAACUACUGUGCUAACAAUUGUAAUACUUGUAUAAAUGAUACAUAUUUUGUUCACGAGGGACUUAACAGAUGUUGCCAAUGUCCAAGUUCAUGUAAAGACGCGAUGUGUUCAUCACAAUACAAUUGUUUACAUGGCUGUGAAGAUGGAUUGUAUGGAUAUAGUUGUUCCAACAACUGUUCGGAUACUGAUGACAUGUGUUUAAUAUGCCUUCAAGACAACGGAGCAUGCACAAAGUGCAAAAAUGGUUUUUAUCCAGGUACAGGUGGGACUUGUACAGCAUGUAGUGAAAAAUGCAUCGAUAAUGAAUGUGAAGGAAGCGGUGGUCGAUGCAUUGCAGGAUGUGUGGAUGGAUAUUGGGGAAACCAAUGUGAGAACCAUUGUGGCGCACUUUGCAAUACUUGCAAUAGGUCAACUGGUGACUGUAUUGACUGUAUACUUACAUUUUUAUACGGGCCAAGUUGCAAUUUGUCAUGCAGCCAGAGUUGUAUUAGAUCAAGGUGCGAUGUGAUGGGUGAAUGUUUGAAUGGAUGCAACGAGGGUUACACAGGCAUAAGAUGUGAACAACAAGUUUUGUUUUCAAAUGCGUCGGGAAUAAGUGAGGGACUAGCCGCAGGAUUAAGCGUAAUCGGACUUGUUGUAGGACUGGCAGCUGCGAUGGUCACAAUGUAUAUCCUCAAAAGACGGCGAAGGGUAACGGAACUUAAAGCUGAAGUACAUGAACGACAAACAUCCUUUGGAACUGGUCCUGCGAAUACAGAUGGCAACAAUCAAUAUGAGGAAUUAGACAAGAGGGAAAGGGUUACACCACACAAUGAAGCAUACGAAAUGCUCCAAACUUCAACUAAUCCAGUUGAUAACAAACAAGAAGAAGACAAAGAGAAGGACUACGAGUUUGAUGGUGGAAAUGUUUAUUACAACGAACGUUAAGCUGUUCAAAAUCUAUGUUUAGCACACAGUUGUUUGUAAUACAAUUAUUAGACCCUCAGUUGGUAUAUUGACGCUGCACCCUCAUAUAUUGACAGUUUGACAUUUCUGUGUCAGGAUCAGCGCAUUUUGAUACCGCGUUUAGUAAUGCUUUUACCCAUAAACUAUCAAUUUUCGAACGUUAAUAUAAAAAAAAUGCGAUCUGAUCUUUUGUCAGCAGUCUUGUAUCACUGGUUUUUCAGACAUGUACGUAAAUAUUGGCUCAAUCCAAGACAAGAAAAGAUAAGAAACUGUUAAAACGCUCAAAUCUGUGAAAGUGCGUCUCCGAGUAAAAGUCGAUAAUUUUAUAUUUUAAUGGUUGGUUUGUUGGUUGAAUUUUCUGUGUAUUUGUUUAAGGUUUGCAGAGUAAAUAAAUAACAGUUUAGAGACACUGUUCUAAAACUUGACAUAAACACUCUCAUGCACGUGUAUAGAUGUUGAUAUUUCCAUAUAUUGUGAACACAUAUCGGGCUUUAUAAAAACUAUGACCAUGACCUGUUAGCGGUAUAGCUAGUGCACAAAUGGGACUCGGAAUUAUGUCCAAUUCUUUGUUAACGCAGUGUUUUGGUAAAGUGUGUAGUGUUAUGCCAGUAUCGUAUGUUGCACGCCAUAUAUGACAAGCCUUAGUUUAUUUCUGAAAAGUUUGUAUUGGUUUUGGUAUGAGCGUAUUUUAUUAUAUGAUUUUCGAUGAUUUAUAGAGCUUUAUCAGCGAAAUAAAUAAGAUAUUUUAUCGUUUCAAACACAGUAGAAAAAUCCAUUAAAUUCUACUGUUUAACUAUCCCUAAAGAACAAAGAUGGUAUGUGUAUUGUUAUAUGGAUGUUAUA